GGAUGGAUGGAUGGAUUAUAUAUACACUAAACAAAUUGUCAUUUGUACUUUUGCCACCUGUCUAUAUUUGUAACUUUUUGCGCAGAACGCGUUAUAAAUUGUUAGUAGGAACCUAACUUGUUGCGUGUUCCUUGAGGGACAUAUUCAAGUGUUGCACACACGCAGUAACUGUGCGGGUGCGUUCGAAUUCGUCGACCUGUUAUCCUGAUACGACGUGGCAAGCGACAAAUUACCACUAUUCUGUGUGUUUUAUCCACGUCUUCGCCAAGAUAAUUGAUUCAGGACGACAGUGGACAAAUAGUAUGGCAAACCUUAAUCGAGAACAGGCUUGAAAGGUGGUUAGCAGCCCCAUAUCACACAUGCCGUACGACCAACGGCGUGGCUCGGUUGUUAUUUUGGAUUCUUCUGUCAUGGACAAGUCCGAAAAGUCUUCAAACUGGAUGCUAAAACAUCCAGUGUAUCUCAAGAUGAAGAACUUCGAGGUGGAAGACAAUGAACAAAUCCAUGCUGCUUUCCUUGUUUACAUGGAUCUCACUGAGGUGCGUAAAUGGAAGGAGGUUUCCUGUGUUAAAAGUGAUGAACUCGAGCUUGUACUGUUGGAAGGGAAAGAGAAGGAAGGAUCAGCCAUCCAGUCAGUUUUCCCGCUGCCUGUGCAUCGGUCUUUGACCCACAGAAUUAUUCGACACGUUCUGGACAGAGGAUUUCCUAUGUUGCUGUGUGCUGUGGCCUCGGACUCCACGCUGGUCUACCAAAGGUUGACUGAUGGCUUGGUGACCCCCGACCCACCCGUAGGCCCCUUCCAAGACGUGGGACGCCGGCACCACAGGAAGAGACGACAGCAUCAGUUGGCAUCCGGUGGGAGCCACAAAUGAUCGAGUAUCUGUUUGGACUUUGGUUGGAUUGGAUAUAUCCGCAGUGCCCUCCUAGGAACCUGUUAAGAGGUUCCCUCUCAGUUGGCUGGUGACUUUUGAGUUUAUGUAAUCAGAGUUCCUAUGAUCGCUUGCUUAUAUGUUUAUGAUGGUAUAUAAAUUUGCAAAAGUUCCUGCAGUUCUUCCUCCAGGUCACCUCAAAGAUUUUCAUCUGGAUAUAAGUCUGGGCUCUCUUUGAGUCAUUGUCAAGCAAGAAGCUGCGUUAACAUUUCAUAUCCAUGCGUAUAUUCUGCCAAAAGACCAUGUUUAAAAGCAGUUUUUAUUUGAGAUCCUUGAUAUUGAGGGUAAGGGGUUACACUCAUUGUCCUCAAUACGAAGACAAUUCAGCUCACUAGUAGAAUAAAGGUGUCUUGUAAUGUUUUUCUACGACUAGUGCCAUUUUUGGACUACUAGUAUGACAUUAAGCUGGAUAUCAAGGAUAUUCAAUAAAGUCAUACUAGUAGGCCAAAAGUGGCACUAGGUGUGGAAAGAACAUUACAAAACUAGUGAGACUCAAAUGGCUUUCCAUACAAUGCUAGUAUAUAAUUACACACUACUAGUGCGCAAUGCCACGCAACUAGUAGGUCUUUUCUAUAACAUAUGACAUUUGUGCAUACUAGUAGGACAAUUUUGGCAUACUGGUAGGACAACUGAAUGUUACUAGUGAGGCAAAAUUGUGUAUUAGUUGACAACUGUGUACUAGUAGAGACAUAAAAUUAUUUUAGUCUAUAUAUAGCCUUUUACUAGUAGUACUAGUAGCACGCAUAUGUCAAAUAGUGUACAGUUUUGCCGCACUAGAAACGUAGUUGUCCUACUAUUGUGCAGAAAUGUCACACAGUAGCAAAGCAAACUUAUAUAGCGCAUUUCCUACACAAGUCAAUGUGCUUUAUAUGGUUAUAAGCAUUGAAAAAAUAAACAUAAAUAAAAUAAAAGAUGGCUUAAAACAAAGAUAUAUGAUAAGAAAUAUACAGUGCAAGAAAGAUGUUUAAAAAUGGAAAUUCUCAAAAAUAAUCAUAAGCAUGUUUUUAACCUGGAUUUAAAAAUAUUGACACUUGAUGCUGACUUGACUGUUGGCAACUUAUUCCAUUUGUGAACAGCAUAGCAGCUACAGUAAAAGCUGCGUCACCAUUUUUGCUUUGGACUCUGUGCUCCAUUAUUUCACCUGAGUCUGUAGAGCUCAGAGCCCUACUGGGUUCCACUAGCAUUUGUUUCAUAUAUUCAGGACCUAAACCAUUUAAUGAUUUAUAGAUCUGUAGCAGAACUUUGAAGUCUAUUCUAAAGCUGACUGGGAGCCAGACUUUAGAAUUGGAGUAAUAUGUUCUGACCUCUUUGUUCUGGUCAGACCCCGAGAUGGAGCGUCCUGAAUGAGUUGCAGCUGUUUAAUGUUAUUUUGGGGGACUCCAGUAAGAAAACCAUUGCAAUAGUCAAGCCUACUUGAGAUAAAACCAUGGAUGGGAUGUGAUGGAUUGGCACAUGCAAGACUUCACUCUGUAUAUGUUCUUCAGCUGGUAGAAGAUUGUUUUAGUAAUUGAUUUGAUAUGACUACUGUAAGUCAGGUCGGAAUCUAUAAGCACCCCAAGGUUUCAGACUUGGUCUUUGGUUAUUAGAGAUACCCCUGGUAUUUACUAACAGUAAACCUCUUUUCUUUACUGCUAAAAACAAUUACCUUGGUUUUGUUGUGGUUUAAUUGGAGGAAGUUUUGGUUUAUUCAGUUAUUUAUUUGAUUUAGACAGUGACACAACACCUCAGAAUCACAAUCAGAAUCAUCUUUAUUUGCCAAGUAUCUCUUAAACACACAAGGAAUUUGUCUCGGUAGUUGGAGCUGCUCUAGUACAACAACAGACAGUCAAGUGACAGAGAAUACUUUUGAGACAUAAAGACAUUGGGGGGGAAAAAAAGUCACUGAACAAUAAAAGGUUGCUAUAAUCUGGUAAUGCCGGAACAAUUUUUUUUAUUUAUUUUUUGGGACAAUUGUGCAAAAAGAACUGUGGUCAUCUGGAGACACUACUAGAUAUAACUGUGUCUCAUCAGCAUAACUAUAGUAGUCAACAUUAAGGUUCUCAAAAUUGAGUGGCAUAUACAGGCUGAACUGGAGGGGUCUGAGAACGGACCGUUCAGGGACCUGUUAUGUCAUCGCCAUUCAAUGAGAUUGAAAACCUCCAAUGGUUACGAAAUAACUCUUUUUCCUCCAGGUAGGAUCUGAACCACUUAAGGACUGUUGCAUUUAGUUCUACCCACUUUUCCUACCUGUUCAGAAAUAUGUUAUAAUCUACUUUAUCAAACGCUGAACUGAGAUCCAACAAGUCAAGAACUGACAUCUUUCCCAAGUCAGUGUUCAACCUUAUAUCAUUUAGGACUUUAAUAGGAGCUGAAUCUGUACUGUGAUGAGUUCGGAAAGGUGAUUGAAAUUUGUCAAAAAGUCCAUUUGAGUUCAUGUAAUCGCUGAGUUGGUUAAAAACCACUUCUCGACAAUCUUGGCUAUGAAGGGGCUAUUUGAUAUGGGUCUGUUGUUUGCUAACAUGGAAGCGUAUCUUUUUUAGAAGUGGCUUAAUGGCAACUACUUUAAGAGGUUUAGAAAACUCGCCUCACUGAAGUGAACAAUUACUGCAAUUAUUUGCUGCAAAUCAGCUAGGACAGACUUCACAAUAGUUUAGAAAAAGUGAGAUGGUAUUGAGUCAAGACAGCUACUCUGUAGUUGACGGUUUCAGUUGAUGAACUGUUUUCUUUACAGUUUUUUAGCCAACUAUCAAAUUCUAGCAUGGUAAUCGAGUAAAUCCUGGGAAGUUGUAGGUGUUGUAUCAUUUUUUUAUUUUGCUGAUUUGUGCUGAUACUUGCCCUGAUGGAUUAUAUAUUUUUAACUAAAAUAGCAAGCAAAUUCAUGGCAUUUAUCUGUUGUGUGAAGUUCUGGAUUAGGGGGUGUUGUGAUCUUGUCAACCACUGCAAACUCAGUGUGUGUGUUGUUCAGGUUCUUGCUAAUGAUUUCAGAGAAAUGUUGCUUUGUCUGUAAAGGUCAUAGUAAAUUUGGAGUUUUGAUUUGAUUUAGAGGCCUUUACCAUACAAGUGUUCCUCCAUGGUGUUUUUGGUCAGUUUAAUGUCUUAGAUUUAAUAGGAGCAACACUAUCCAUGACAUUUGAGAAUUCCAGGUGAAAUGAUCCAAACGUUCAUCAACUGUCUCUGCAUUCACUGUUGGUGACACAGCGACAGUAUGUACCUUUUUUAAUAAGCACACAGAGGUUGCCAGAACUUUUGGGAGAAUCUGUAAUUAAAAAAAAAAAAAAAUGAUCGGAAAUAGCCAAGUCCUUAAUGUCCACUGAUAAAAUCUCAACAUCCUUAGAGAUUACCAGGUCUGAGAUGUGACCUUGAGUAUGAGCUGGACUCUUUAUUUGUUGAGAGAGGACAAAUGUGUCCAGUAUAGCAGGGACUUGUUUGGAUUUUUUCCCCCAUCCUAUUGUCAAUGUGAAUUUUAAUGUCUCCCAUUAUGACAAAGUGGUUUUAGUCAGUACAGAUAACUGACAGCAGUUCUGAAGAUUCUUCCAUCAAUUUUACAUUGUAUCUUGGAGGUCGAUAAAUUAUUAAAGUAAUAACCUGUGGGUCACCCCGUACUAAAAAACAGAGAUAUUCAAAAGAGCUAAAAUCCCCCAAUAUAAUUUCUUUACACUGAAAUAAUGAUUUUUAAAAAAGCAGCAAUUCCACCGCCUUU